AAAUGGACACACGAAGCAAAGAUAAAUGGAAAAUUGCUCUCUUAUAUUUUAUUGUGUGGGAAUUAUUGGCUAAUUUUGGUGCAGGUGCACUGGAUUUCCAGGUGUACCAAAGAGAUGUCGCCACGGAAGAUCAGCUAACAGAACUAGAGAUUGGUAACCCUGCAGGCAGGGUUAGGGUGGCACGCAACACACGGCAGAGACGCCAAGCGUCAACGGCACAAGAGUAUAUAGACGCACACAAUGACGCAAGGGCUAUCGUCAGUCCCACUGCCACCGACAUGCUUAAAAUGAAAUGGAGCAAUGAACUAGCCACUGUUGCAGAAAACUACGCAAAAAAGUGUAUUUGGGGGCAUAACGCUGGCCGUACCUCCGAAACACAAGCUCUGACGUCACAGUUCACUUACGUCGGAGAAAAUCUUUACGUUACCUCUAGAAGCACAGCGAGCCCUGCUGCGGCAGUUAAAGCUUGGGACGACGAGAAACAGGAUUAUACGUACAGCAGCAGGGCCUGUAGCGCUGUGUGUGGUCACUACACUCAGGUACAUAUUACUUUUAUAGCCACGGAUACAGGGAUCUAA